AUGGACACUGCAGAUGACAACACUGAGGAAGAGCUGCUGCAAAAGAAAAGGAAGCAAAAUCUCAAAGAGAUGCUGAAAACUGUGGGACUGGACACUGAGUUCUGGUUGCCCAAAUUGAAAGAUGACCUGUGCGUGACCUGUGCACAGGCAUUGCAAUACUUAGGAGAGGAAGACCUCCAGGUCCUGAAAUCCCAGGUACAAUACACAUGGGAAAGAAAAGCCCUAGAAAAGCUGUUUGAUUUGUCACAAUCACACACUUACUCAGAGUUGCAUGAGCCUCUAGUGGAGAUGAUGAACACAAGCCAGAAGCAAGCAGAAAAAAAACUAAAAGACCUGGUUUUAGAAGAAACACAGAGGCAGGCAGAGCCAGUGAGGAGAAAAGAAGCAGAGCUGAGGAAAGUAAUGGAGAUCCCUCAAGCCUUACAGCCAAUGUCUGAAGAGCGCCUAUGCCACGUUGUCGGAAAUGCGCAGAGACAUCUCAGUCCCAUGCAACAGACCUUUUCCCACAGGCAAAAUCUUUCAGACAGAGAUCUAGUAAGAUGGGCAUCUGGAGGCCUUGUCCUUCAGGGAAUUUACCAAACUGGCCAACACAGGGACCUGGUAGAGACAAGAGAAGAGCUAGUCAAAGUGCCCAAGGAAUUCUCUCUCUUAGGACCUCAACAGAGCACACGGAUGGAAACGAAAGAAUUUACAUCUUCUCAAGCAGAAACCAUGUUCACUGAGAGUGUGGAGAAGCUGGGCUUCAGUGUAGCAGCUUCAGUCAGUGGUGGGGGAUGGGGAUUUAGUUUAGAAGGUGGCACAAAUAAAAGCAAAUAUUCAGAAUCCAAACAACUACAUAAAUCCCAUUCUGAACACUCUUAUUUUUGCUUAGCCAAGUUUAACUAUGUCCCACUUGCCUGCUGUCACUUUCCCACCGAUCAAUUCCAGUUCUCUAAGGCUGCUCUCAAGGAACUGAAAUGCAUGGAAGACCUCCUGGAUCAUACUGCACCACCCUUGAUGAGGCAAAGGGCUGAAAACUUCUUUCACAGGUUUGGCUCUCAUGCUAACCAAGGACCUGUGCACCUGGGAGGUAUUUACUGGUUGAAAGCAACUUCAGAGGGUUUCCAAAAGGAAAACCUAGAGAAUGUCAAGCAGCAGGCAGCAGAGGCCCUGGACAUUUACAUAGGAGGCAGCUACAGUGGCUUUGGGGUGAAAGCUGCUGCAAGUCUGACUGUCUCGAAAUCAGAUUCAAAGAGUGUCUCUCAGAGGAAAGCUAUUGGAAAUAAUCAGAUUAAUAUCAAACUAUCUGUGCACCAGACUGGUGGCCCGGCAGAGGCAGAUGGCCUUCUACAGUGGAAAACUGGACUUGUUGCCAGAAAUCAAACAUGGUGUGUCAUUGACAGGGGCUUUCAGCUGGUGCCAGUAUGGGAUAUUAUCCUUUCUAGCCAUAGGGGUGAUUUUAAGGAUGCUCAAAAGUUGGCCAAAUACAUAAAAGACGACUACACUGUUCUGACUGGCCUCAGUGCCCAGACCCAAUAUGAAGUGGAAUUACUCAGUGAUGAGGAGAAAGCUAGAGUUUUCUUAAAGGACAUAAAAUCAUGGAAAGUAUUCAAUCUUGAGGAACAGCUUAAAAAGCUAACAAAUUUCAUGCAAAUGUUGUGUCAAAAAAGAAUGGGUUAUGACAUUUGGAUUAAUAUAUGCCUGACAAAUUGUGAUCUACAGAGUUUCUUAGUAAAUGCAGUUGACUUUUGCAAACAAUCUUCUAUUUCUGAAAAUAAGUUUGUGAAGUCUCAGCUGCACACAAUUCUAUAUCCAUAUGUGUUCAAAUUGACAAACUUUCCUCAGGCUUACUCCAUCAUGAAGUGGAUCCAUGAGGCAGAGUCAAAGCAAGAAGAUGCCAGCAUCUCCCAAUUUUCAGAAUUAAUUAAAAUCCUAAAAGAAACUCUGAGUGACCUCUUGGAAGUAAAGGUCAAAUAUAACUGCCCAGAAACUGUGAAAGAGGCUCAACGAAAUGUGACAUACAAAGUUAGCGUGGCUCUUACAUGCUUUUUGAAUUACCUUAGAAAGACAGAGCAGACAGACACACAGCUCUUGUUACUUUCUAUUGCAGCUGGUGCAGGAUAUGAUCAGGCUAACAAUACUUUUCAAAAUCUCCUGGGUAGUGAGGAGUUAAAUUUUCUAAUGAAUGAAAUGGAAAAUACCCAAAGUAAAUACCAAGAGCUGAAAAAUAUUUGCACUCACAAGGCUCAGGCUUUCCUGGUUCUUAUAUGUCUGACAGCCUCAGCUGGAGUCACAGCUGUUUGUCCAGAAGAAAAAGCAAUGCGAAUGGCAUUGAUCAUACAACACAUGGGUGAAUCUCUGUCCACAAAAGUUAUGCAUGUCCUCAGCAAACCUGGAUUAGGUCACAAUUGGGGAAACAUGGAACAAGAUUUGAGAUUGAUAAUUGAUGGGGAUUAUGAAGACACCAAAUCAUCUGUGAAAAUAGACGAAAUCAAAAAACAAUUACAAAAUCUCCUUGAUGAACUGACAGACAAAGCAGAUGAUAAAGACAAUGCUAAACAAGACGUGAUAAAAUACAGAGCCUUCCAAGGUUUACUGCAGCGUCUAGGCCUAGUACAUUACUUCCCAAAAAUGAUGAGCAUAGCUGACUUUUGUCUGUUCGACAAACCAUUUUGUGAAACUCCACCCAGAUCUCAACAGGAUCUUCCACUCUAUUUCCUACAGAAGCUACUAAUGCUUGAUUGCACGUUCAGAUAUGUGGUCUUCAGAGAAGAAGAAAACAUAAAACUUGAGGCUUUUCCAUGUGCUUCUGUCCAGGAAAAUGAAGAUCUAUUUGCUGCUGGCAGUAAUGCUAUUACCCCUAAGCCCAGACCUCAUAUUCACCCGAUGGAUAUCCAGAUGGCAAUUUUCCACUGUGCCAGUGACAUUUCCAGACAAUAUAUAUUGGGAAAGCUUUCUAUUUGUCAAUUUGCCCUCCCCCUUUUGGUGCCAAACCCUUGUAAUUCACACAUUGAAUUCUGUCUCUGGUGUCUCAGACAGAUUAGGAGGAGUUGGAAGCAUUCAGGUAGAUCACAAGAAAGGUACAGUUUUCAUAACCAGCAGAUGUGUUGCAUGGCCACAUCCAUUGUGUCCUUCAUUAGAGUUGGAAAUGGACUGUCUGCAUCCAAAUCUCUGAUCAUGAACUGUCUUCUCAGUAAACAUAAACAUGAUGUGUUUUUUCACCGUCACUGCAAGGGAAGCAGCAAAGACUGUCUCCUAAUGGGAGGUGUGGUGGAAUUCUUCUGGUUCUGUCCUAGUGAAGAAGAUGACAGAUUUGACCGCUGUGUGACAUUCACCAAUCUUCAUGGAGAUGCAAAGGAACACAAGCAGCAACUUACUUUUCUGAAGGAGAUUUCUUCUCUCAUUGUGAUCCUUAUGUCAGUCUCUGAUGAAAAUGAAGAAAAUAGAGAUACUGUCUGCGACCUGUGGGAUUCAUCAGAGUCACCUUUGAUCUGUUUGCUUGAUGACAGAAAAAAGCAGAAGGCCAAUACUUCUGGUAGAAAAGUAAAAAUUGGCAUCAGGAAUAGAAAUGAGGCAGACUUAACAAAUGAGCUCACUGUUACAAUAAACCGUUUGCUAGAGCUCAAUGAAGCUGCUCUCAGCUUGGAAGACUGUUCUCACUUUGCUCGCAAGCAAGGAUUCUUUAUUGAUGAGGACAGGAGAGUUUAAGGAUGACAAUAAAAGGUAGAGAGUUUAGUGGCCUUCCUGUGAGAAAUGAACCUAUUUCACAUCAAAGUAAGUUCCAUGCCCCUAUAGGGAGAACUUUGGCAUCUUCGGUUUAAGAAAGACAAAUAAGUGUAUCAUCUAAGAAAGAAAGGGAACAGGAGAGUUGAACAACAUAAGAGUGAGGCUGAGGAGGAAAAGCAAACAAUAAGGCAUCAAUAGAUGAAAAAAUCAUUACAUCCCAAGGACUUAAUUGUAUCUUUUCUCCAAAUUUUGUAACAACACUCAGAAACUCACAUAAGCUUCUACUUUUUGCAAUGGCUGAGUAUGCUUCUGGAGAGCUUCAAAACAGGACAGUGA